AUGAGAAAACCUGCGCGCAGCCGCAAGAGGCCUUCCGACAACACGUUCGCGUCACUUGCGCCCGAUGAAGCGGAUGAGCUUACUCCGCAGUCGCCCCAACUUCAGCCCGUCGACAGCCUGUACGCGUCAGUUGCGCCCGAUGAGCUCAGCCUGCCGUCGCUCCAACCCCGGCCCGUCGACAAAAUCAUCACCACAUAUGAGCUUCUUGAGAACAUUCUAGUGCAACUCGACACCGAAGACCUCUUCCGCGUCCGGGGUGUCAACUACAACUUCAAUUCCACGAUUGAGACUUCCAAGACCUUGCGGCAGAACCUCUUUCUCUCGCCUCACGUGUAUGCUGAGCCAGAGCGCUGUAUGAUCUUCCACAUCAUCAGUAGCGAUCGGGUAACGUUCACCUUCGGCGUUCCUGAUGAAGGGGCAGAGCAUCUGCACCUACGCGCUCAGGCUGGCGAGUACAUCAGGCAAGAGGCGCGCAUUCGGAACGGCUCUGUGAUCCGCCGUAACCAUAUUCGGCAAGAGUAUCAUUCCUGUACUGUCCCCGUAGUGCUGAAUCCGCUGGUUUUCUAUUCCGGACCAAUGAAUGAAGAUGAAGCGUACGUUCGUCACGGGUUUGCAAACGCAGAUGAAAAAGUUCGUUGCUGCACCAUCGCCAACCCGUCUGAUAUUCCACGUCAGCUGGGCAAGAUGCUGACGACACAGCCACCGGUGCUGGAACUCGAAAUAAGACUGCCUAUCCACAAGUGGCGUUGGGGCGCAGAUGGAUGGAUAACGGUCCGGAAUGAAACCGGUGUGCGGUUAAAGGACGUCGCAAGGUCGUUGAGAGCGCACGCCAUUGCUGGAAAAGUAGACAUCCGAAUUUGCUUCAAGKAUGACCAAAUUUCCACUGUCCUUCAGUCUGCGAAACGUUACUACCAGACAAAGUGUGAUUCAAAUAUGGUGGAGUUGAACGAGCGUUUGGCAGAUGGCCAGUGUUCUCAGUUUGUCGAUCCGGCCUUCAUCGAGUGGGCGAGGACGAAUUUCGGCAUGGAUCUCGACUUCAACGAAUGGGAGCAAGCGGCCAGGAAAUAUUAUAGCGUGGGCCACAAGUUUAGACGGUGA